AUGGGGGCAUUCAUCUAUUCUAGUAAAUUGAAAUCAUAAAUUGAAUAUUUAGAAGAGGAUAAUACAAUUACUGUAAAUGUACCUAAUACCUUCUAAUAUUAUCCUAAACUCUAUUAGAAAACCUAUGAUGAUGAAAUCGAUGACAUAAAUUUCGGAAUUCAUGACAUACAAGUUAAAAAUCAAUGUUUUUUGUUCUUUUAAACAUCCAAAAAGGAAGAUUAACUCAAUGAUAUGGAUGAUAGUAGAGAAACUCCCUCUUGGAAUACACCAUAAAUAUCUAAUAAACCUGAUUAUACUAAAAAUCCUAGAAUGAAAAAAUCACGUAGAAAAUCUUAAACUAAGAAAAAAUAAGGAAACAAAGUUGUUUAAAGAAUAAAUCUGGAAGCCAUAUAUUGA